AUGGACCAAGAAUUCUUCUACCCUUCGUCCCGAGCGACGAUUCUGCACCACUACUUACCACGCUUGAUAGCAAUUGAGCACCCAGCCGCCAUCAAUGGCAAUAUGAAGAAUACACUACUAUUCGUCGGCGGGCUCGGAGAUGGAAUUCACACAAUCCCUUUUGUGGAUCCCGUGAUCGACGCAGCUACCGGGGCGGGCUGGAGUAUGGUGGAAGUGCUGCUUUCGAGCUCGUACAAGGGGUGGGGGAUUGGGUCUAUUGCUCAAGACGCAGAGGAGAUAUCGGCUUGCGUAAAGUACUUUCGAACGAUUAGGGGAGGGAAGUUGGUGCUUAUGGGGCAUUCCACUGGUUGCCAAGAUGCGCUGGAAUAUCUGACCAAGCACUCGGCCGUCGUAAAUGGCGUUAUAUUCCAAGCCAGCGUAUCCGACCGCGAAUCUGCAACUCUGAACCGAUCUCCAGACCACCUCUCCGCGAGCCUAACCCACGCCCGCUCCCUGAUCGACAGUGGUCGUGGAGCCGAGAUCAUCCCCUCGCAUUUCCGUUCUCCGGGAUACACGGACACCCCCGUGUGCGCCCAGCGCUGGUGGGAUCUGAACGCCUUCGCCGGCGCCGACGAUUACUUCUCCAGCGACUUGAACGAGGAGAUGCUGACACGCACGUUCGGGAUGAUCAUGCGUGGCACCAACGUCCUGUUCCUCUUCUCCGCGAUGGACCAAUUCGUGCCUGCGUGGGUGGACAAGGAGUACCUACUCAAGCGGUGGUACUUGGCCUGCGCUUUGGGUGGUGCUGUCGUGGAUAAAGUUGAGAGUGGGGUUAUUAAUGGGGCUAAUCAUAAUUUUGAGGGGGUGGAUGCUAACGUGCUGGCGGACAUGAUUGGGAGGGUUAUUAGGUUUUUGGGAAAGAUUUAGUUUAUUAUAAUCUUGGUUCUUGUAGUCGGAAAGUACAUCGCCAGGUCUUGGGUUUCCUUUUUUAGACCACUCGCUCUAAUUGUUUUGUUCUUCAAGGCUGCAGAAAUAGUCUCGGUAUCUGUAUUUUCAGUUUAUCAGAUCACACACUAUUGGCAUCAAAUGAUAGUCCAUGUGUUAGUAGUAGCUUCGCAUUUUAUCAAAUAAAGGUUUAUGCCUUCAGAGAAA